UUACAGUAUACAGCUGGCCUGAACUGCCACCUUGAAAAACUGCUGGCCUUCCACCGCCCUAAUUUCGGAACUAGCAGCGAUGGAGACUAUGUUUUCUUGCCACUGUUGAUUCCUCAUAUUUCCGACCACUUUCCUCCUCUUGCAGUUGUAGGAUAUGUCAUUGGAUUCAAGGUUCAUCCAGUAAUAAGUGGGGUCGCCAUGGAGUAUUUGUUGCAGCACCUUCCAGACCUAAGUUGGCCCGUCAUCAUCUUCAUCUUCUCCUUCCAGCUCGGAUGGCAUCCAGAGCGCCCAUUCAUCUUGCCUAUCGCUGACUACCAGUGGAUGCCCGCCAAUAUCACCAACACAAGUAUCAACUGAGAACAUUGCGUCUGAGGUGCAGACUCCCAAAGAUGGUUUGGCUAAGGGAACACCUAUCACUCACUCCAAAUGAAAGCAUGACGACAUAGUUGACUACGACGAGUAGGACGAGUCUGUUCUACACUACCCUAUCACCAACCAUCAUUCCAAACUUGCAUUUCCCUUUUUACUAUUUUUGGAUCACUCACUAUGGUGAGAAGAUAGACAUAUCAGAUAGUCAUAGCAUAAAGUUUUUCCUCUUUUGCCUCUCUUUGUUGGCGGCAUACAUUACAAAUAUCCUAUUGUGAAAGACAGUGCUGAAAACAAUGGAUUGCAUAUAUUUUAGACUUAAUACCCUAUUUUGGCUCGA